CCUCCUCCAUAAAAUCUGUCUCUCUCAAUCUCUGUCUGAACCAAGUCUCUUCUCUUUUCAUCCCCAGGAAAAGAAAAGCUUUUUUUAAACAAAAAUGGAGAUCAACAACAACAAGGACAUGGGGGAAUCGAAGUCCAUGAACAAGAAGAAAGUUAUUUUGUUUUACUGCGUGGAAUGUGAAGAGCUUGCCCGUAAAGUUGCUGCUCACUCCCAACUCUUUACCCUUCAAUCUAUCAACUGGAGGAGCUUUGAUGAUGGAUUUCCAAAUCUUUACAUAAACAAUGCACAUGAUAUCCGAGGUCAGCAUGUUGCUUUUCUUGCAUCGUUCAGCUCCCCAGCUGUUAUCUUUGAACAGCUUUCCGUCAUAUAUAAUCUUCCAAGAUUGUUUGUUGCUUCCUUCACUUUGGUAUUGCCAUUCUUUCCAACUGGCACCUUUGAGAGAAUGGAAGAAGAAGGAGAUGUAGCAACUGCAUUUACCAUGGCAAGGAUUUUAUCAAACAUUCCCAUAUCUAGGGGUGGUCCAACAAGUGUUGUCAUUUAUGACAUCCAUGCUCUGCAGGAAAGAUUUUAUUUUGGAGACCACGUGUUGCCAUUUUUUGAGACUGGGAUUCCUCUUCUAAAGCAUCGUCUUCAUCAGCUUCCUGAUGCUGACAAGAUAGUUAUUGCAUUUCCGGAUGAUGGAGCUUGGAAACGAUUUCACAAAUUGUUGGAUCAUUUUCCAACGGUUAUCUGCACAAAGGUUCGUGAGGGCGACAAGAGGAUAGUUCGACUCAAGGAAGGAAAUCCUGCCGAUUGUCAUGUGGUGAUCGUUGAUGACUUAGUGCAAUCUGGAGGCACUCUCAUUGAGUGCCAGAAAGUUCUGUUUGCUCAUGGAGCGGGAAAGGUGAGCGCAUAUGUCACACAUGGUGUUUUCCCGAAGCGUUCCUGGGAGCGAUUUACGCAAUUGAGUGACAAGGGGUCAGAGAAGGGAUUUGCCUACUUUUGGAUCACAGAUUCUUGCCCCCAUACUGUGAAAGCCAUCGAGAACAGAGCUCCUUUUGAAGUUCUGAGUCUUGCGGGAUCAAUUGCUGAUGCUCUACAAAUUUAAUCAAAUUUCCAAGAGUCUUCAUAUGAACUCUCUUUGUUCUCUCUGAACAACUCCAUUUCAAUAAAAAUGGUGUUGAAAAUUACUGAUUUAGACAUUUCUGUUGAUUUAUCAAAACCUAGAACAUUAUAUUAUAUCAAAGGAGACGUUCGAUGCA